AUGUCUGCUAAUCUUAUGUCUCGCACCCCCUCGACGGCCACGCCAACAUGGCACCAGUUCGAGCGGAAGGUCGAAGAGGUCAAGCCGUCCAAGACUGACAUCAAUUACUUGGUCAUGGACUACCUCAUCACCAACGGCUACCCGGCCGCAGCAAAGAAAUUUGCGGUGGAAGCCAACAUCCAACUCCGGACGGAUCUGGAAUCGAUUCAGGAGCGAGUUGAGAUCCGGACUGCUAUCCACUCGGGGAACAUCCAGGCGGCAAUUGAGAAGAUCAACGACCUCAACCCUCAGAUCUUGGAUGAAAACCCUUCUCUGCACUUCGCUUUGCUGCGAUUGCAGCUGGUAGAGCUGAUUCGGACCUGCACCUCCACCCCGGACGGCGACAUCAGUCCCGCACUGGAGUUCGCAACCUCGCAGUUGGCCCCCCGGGCCCCGACUAACCCUCAGUUCCUCGAAGAUUUGGAGCGCACACUAGCGUUGCUCAUCUUUCCGAGUGACAACCUCAGCCCGUCCCUGGCCUCGCUAUUGGACCCAGGUCUUCGUAAGGAAAUCGCAACCCUGGUCAACGAAGCCAUUCUGCAGAACCAGGGUGCUCGUAAAGAGGCCCGGCUGCGCAACCUCGUCAAGAUCCGCGCGUUCGCAGAGCACAAGGCUCGCGACGCCAAAAAGGAUAUCCCUGAUAAACUGGACCUGGGCCUCACAGGCGACGGCAACCACGGUAACAGUAAUGAUUCGCCCAAUAAUGGCUCCAGCCAAAAUGGUGUCGGCGACACCGUCAUGUCCAACAAUGAUGUCGACCCAAUGAUCUCAUGA